GUGGGCCCUGCUGAAAGUAGGGAUGCCUGGCUGGGGGUGGGGACACAAGUGCUCCCUCUGCAUCCAGCUGCGAGUGAGAUUCCUGAAGGAACCCCUUCCUGUCACAGCACCCACAGCACUCAGCCUGCUCGCAGCCCAAGGACCUCUCCGGGGAUGCUACACUUAAAAGUGCAGUUUUUGGAUGAUUCUCAGAAGAUUUUUGUGGUUGAUCAAAAGUCAUGUGGAAAGGCACUGUUUAACCUGAGUUGCAGUCAACUAAAUCUUGCUGAAAAGGAAUAUUUUGGAUUAGAAUUCUGCAGCCAUUCCGGAAAUAACGUUUGGUUGGAACUUCUGAAGCCCAUAACAAAACAAGUAAAAAAUCCUAAGGAAGUUGUUUUCAAAUUUAUGGUGAAAUUUUUCCCAGUGGAUCCUGGACAUCUUCGGGAAGAACUCACAAGGUAUCUUUUUACUCUUCAAAUAAAGAAGGAUUUGGCUCUGGGACGGCUUCCAUGCAGUGACAACUGUACAGCAUUGAUGGUGUCUCACAUCUUACAAUCAGAACUGGGAGACUUUCAUGAAGAAACAGUUAGGAAACAUCUGGCACAAGCCCGGUACUUACCAAAUCAAGACUGUUUAGAGAGCAAGAUCAUGCACUUUCAUCGGCAGCACAUUGGCAGGAGCCCAGCUGAAUCAGACAUUCUGCUAUUGGACAUAGCGAGGAAGCUGGAUAUGUAUGGCAUCAGGCCUCAGCCCGCCAGUGACGGUGAAGGGACGCAGAUUCACCUGGCUGUUGCUCACAUGGGAGUACUGGUGUUACGGGGAAAUACAAAGAUUAAUACUUUCAAUUGGGCUAAAAUCCGCAAGUUGAGUUUUAAGAGAAAACAUUUUCUCAUCAAACUUCACGCCAAUAUUUUGGUGCUGUGCAAGGAUACUUUGGAGUUCACCAUGGCCAGCCGAGAUGCCUGCAAGGCUUUCUGGAAGACUUGUGUGGAGUACCAUGCUUUCUUCAGACUUUCGGAAGAGCCCAAAUCAAAGCCCAAAACCCUACUCUGCAGCAAGGGCUCCAGUUUCCGCUACAGUGGAAGAACUCAAAGGCAACUUUUGGAAUAUGGGAAAAAAGGGAGGUUAAAGAGUUUGCCAUUUGAAAGGAAACAUUACCCAUCUCAGUACCAUGAACGACAGUGCAGGUCGUCGCCAGACAUCCUCUCAGAUGUGUCAAAACAAGUAGAAGAUUUGAGACUAGCAUAUGGUGGUGGGUACUACCGAAAUGUGAACGGAGUGCACGCAUCCGAGCCUAUGUUAGAUAGUAGGAGGAGGAACUCUGCAGUGGAGGUGACCUUUGCGGCUGAGCUGGAACGUUCCAAACCAGAGGCAGAUCCCACAUUGUUACACCAGUCUCAGAGCAGUUCCUCUUUCCCCUUUAUUUAUUCAGAGCCUGUCUUUAACCCUGACCCUGAUCCAGAUCCCACAGACUUCUUUGAGGAGAGGAGUCCUCUAAGCUCCUUCCAAACGAGCUCCCGGUGUGCUGACAAUCACGUCAGCACAUCUUCAGGCCUCACAAGCAAAGUGAGUCCAGCAAGGCAGCUAAUGUACACAGAUGUGCCCUAUAUUCCUCAUACUACUCAGCAGGUUGACAUUAUGCCUCCCCAAGUCUUUUUUUAUGUGGACAAGCCACCCCAGGGACCCAGACGGUCUCCAGUCAUGGCAGAAGAAAGGCCAAGACCAGACAGCUAUAUAGAGCCCACUGCAAUAAGGCCAGCCAAAAGAAGCCCAAGAAAUAUCAGAAUGAAGACCUUUCAGCGGGACCUUCAAGAACUUCAAGAAGCCAUGGCCAGGACUAGUGGUAGGAGCAAUGUCAGUGUAAAUCUAGAAGAGGAAGACCCAAAUUUAGAAGAUGCAUUUGCACAUAACUUUCAAGAGCAAACCCCAAAAAGGUCCCAGAGCCAAUCUGACAUGAAAACUAUCCGUUUUCCUUUUGGGUCAGAAUUUAGGCCUUUAGGGCCUUGUCCUGCUCUGAGUCGUAAAGCAGACCUAUUUACAUGUCUGUUUGCAGAGCAGGAGUUCCGAGCAGUUCUAAUGGAUCAGAGUACAGCAGAGAGGUAUGUAGCCAGUGAAUCCAGUGAUUCUGAACCAGAGAUUCUGAAGCCAGACAACUACUCUUUGUAUGGCAAACGGACAAAAUCACCCAUGGCCAGAAUCCGCUUGUCUUCUGGUAGCCUACAGCUAGAUGAAGAAGAUGAAGAUGUUUCAACAUACCAGCUACUGAAGACAGGACUUCGCUAGAACCAUGCAAUUACCUCUUAGCUUAAAAGUGUGAACUCAGUGAACAUUUGUGAACCAGGUCCAUGUUACUAUUUUAGGUAUGAAAUAAGGUACUUUUAAAUAAGCCUUUUCUUGGACACUCUUAAUUGAUAUUGAGGGAAUCGUCUAAUUUUGG